UAGCAGUCACAGCAGCAGCGGCAGCUCUCUCGGCGUUUGGCGAGCACCGCCAUCAUCCGCACAUAGCCGCAUCAGCGGUGCAGCAGCGGCGGCUGAGGCACCAUGGGUCGGGAGCGGGACUACGACCGUGACUAUGACCGGGAGCGGGACCGCGGAGACCGCGGAGACAGGGACCGCGACAGGGACUACCACGAGAGGGACAGGGAGCGGGAGCGGCCGGAGUAUGACCGCCGGGACCGGGGCGACCGCCGCGGCGGCGGCGUCGAGCGGUACCCGGACCGGGACCGGGAGCGGGACUACCAUGACCGCAGCGACCGGCGAGGCGGCUCAGAGCGGGACCGCGGAGAGCGGGACCGCGGAGACCGGGACCGUGAGCGCCGUGACCGCGACCGCUCACGUUCUCGCUCGCGCGACCGGCGUGACCGUGACCGUCGCGAUCGGGACCGGGACCGCGGCGAUGACAAGAGCCGGCACAGCAGCAAGAGCCGCGGGCGGGGCGGGUCGAGCGGUGGCAUGGAGGACGGCGAGGAGCCGCGGCGGCAGGAGGAGCAGGCGCCUGCUGUGGCACUGGAUGCGGACAUUUCACCCGAGGAGAUUGCCAUGAUGCAGGCGAUGGGCAUUCCCUUUGCCUUCGACACCACCGCCGGCAAGGAGGUGGAGGACGAGGCCGCCAAGCUGAGCGGCACCCGCACCAAGUCCCUGCGCACCGCCCGCCAGUACAUGAACCGCAAGGGUGGCUUCAACCGCCCGCUGCCCGCGGAGAAGAGCCACGAGAAGUACCGCCCCGACUAGAGAAGCCAAAAUCAAGGCCCGGCAGGCGGCGGGGGCGGUGGUGCUUGCUAGGGUUGCUUGGUUGGGUGGCCUGGAGAAGGGCAGCUGCGUGGGACCGGCGGCGCGGAGUAGGUGGCAUGUCCGCGGUGCUGACGCUGUGAGCCAUUUGCUCAGACUACUGAGUGAGGCAAUGGUGACCUUAGUAGCCACAACGAGACGAAGCCGCGGGUAUGCUGGCGGCCUUGACAGAUGAUUCCUGUGGGGUCUAUCAGGCUGUCAAAGUUUGGGGACAGCAAAUGACCGGAGUGGUACCCGCGUGGGGGAACCCAGCCUUGACCGGUCCUGAGUAGCUGCUGUAGGUGCUGCUACAGCUCCCGCAUUCGUUCCAGCACCUCAAGCAGUGUUGGAACUAGUCAACAUGCACGUAAGUCAUCUACGUGAGGUGAUUCGAGGGGCUAGACCAGCAGGCGUCACGGGCGGACGACGAGGAGAGGGUGCGGCCGAGAAGAGGAAACGAGCGGGCAAGUUUUGAGUUUGUGUACUGGCACGGCCAGUGCAAAGCUUUCAACGCUGAAACUUGCUGUUU